UUCGGUGGAAAUCAACUUCCGGGGGCAGAGGGUUCCGAAGCCGGGUAGUGUGUGGGCUACCCCUACUUGUGUUACUGGGGCCGCGGUUUCCCACUUCGCGGGUCUGGGGUCGUGCCCUGGGUGUAUACGUGUGGGUCCUUCUGUGUGCUGGGGGUGGCUCACCUAGUAGCGUGGGUGAGCAGCGCGGCGGCGGCGGCGGCGACGGUGAGCGGGAGCAGGGAGCAGGUGCACUUGAAGAAUGGAUGAUGAUGAUUUUGGUGGUUUUGAGGCUGCAGAGAUUUUUGAUGGUGGAAGCGGUGAAACCCAAACUACAUCUCCUGCUAUUCCUUGGGCUGCUUUUCCUACAGUAUCUGGAGUCCAUCUUUCUCCAGCUUCUCCUGCAAUUGUCCUGGACCAUGACCACUCUCCUCCUCCAGUUGGCUGCCUCUCUUCUGAGCCCAUCAUUUCAUCACCAGAGAUUACACAUGCAGACAACAGCAUUGUCGGUCAAACUGUUCCUAAAGCACAGAUUCAGCAAUCAACACACACUGAUCUGGAUAUCUCACUUUUUCCAUUGGGUUUAACUGAUGAGAAAAGUAAUGGAACAAUUGCUCUUGUGGAUGAUUCUGAGGAUCCUGGUGCCAAUGUAUCAAACAUACAACUUCAGCAGAAAAUUUCAAGUCUGGAGAUUAAACUCAAAGUUUCUGAAGAAGAAAAACAGAGAAUUAAAAAGGAUGUGGAAUCAUUGAUAGAAAAGCAUAGUCUCUUGGAAAAAGAUUUCCUUAAAGAAAAAGAGCAAGAGGCCAUUUCUUUUCAAGAUAGAUACAAAGAACUUCAGGAAAAACAUAAUGGAGAAUUGGAAGACAUGAGGAAAGCUGGUCAUGAAGCCCUCAGCAUUAUUGUGGAUGAAUAUAAGGCACUACUACAGUCUUCAGUUAAGCAACAAGUAGAAGCUAUUGAAAAACAGUACAUUUCUGCAAUUGAGAAACAAGCACACAAGUGUGAGGAGUUGUUAAAUACUCAGCAUCAGAGACUCCUUGAAAUGCUGGAUACAGAGAAGGAUUUGUUAAAAGAAAAAAUAAAGGAAGCUUUGAUUCAGCAAUCUCAAGAACAGAAGGAAAUAUUGGAGAAGUGUUUGGAAGAAGAAAGGCAAAGAAAUAAGGAGGCAUUAGUAUCUGCUGCAAAGCUUGAGAAAGAAGCAAUGAAGGAUGCAGUAUUAAAAGCCAUAGAAGAAGAAAGAAAAAAUUUGGAAAAAGCUCAUGCUGAAGAAAGGGAGUUAUGGAAGACUGAGCAUGCAAAAGAUCAAGAAAAAAUAUCUCAGGCAAUUCAAAAAGCUAUACAAGAACAAAGAAAAAUUAGUCAGGAAACUGUUAAGGCAGCAAUAAUAGAAGAGCAGAAGCGAAGUGAAAAAGCUGUGGAAGAGGCAGUGAAAAGAACAAGAGAUGAAUUGAUAGAGUACAUAAAAGAACAGAAAAGGCUUGAUCAAGUCAUACGCCAAAGAAGCCUGUCCAGUUUGGAACUGUUCCUCUCCUGUGCUCAGAAACAGUUAAGUGCUUUGAUAGCUACGGAACCAGUUGACAUUGAAUAAAGAGAACAUGACAAGCUAACCCACACUGGCAAUGGAUAAAUCAUUAGACCUCUAAAAUACAUGCUGUGAAUUAUAAGGAUGCUUUUGUUUUCUUUUCACACCUUAGAGAAUUGAUUUCCACUUCAAGGAUAAACCAAAACAAUAUUUAGAACUAUCGAGAAAUCUAAUUUAUUUUCUUUUGUUUUCUCCUUUACAUUUACCAUUAUUUUAGUAGUAGUUGUAGUUAUAGUAGUAGCAGCAGCAACAGAAAGUAUGAUGUGACCCAAAAGCUAUUGAAAAUUGCCACAUUACCAAAGUUAAUUAAGUAAACUUUAUAGCCUCCAGUGGCCUAUUAUAUUGUAUUCGGCAAAAGUAAAUCUCUUUACUUGUUGCUUCCCAGUGACUCUUGGUAAGAUUCUAGAAUGUAAUCAUAUUUUUUUGAUUUUGAGGAUAAAAACAGCAUGGAUUUCGACAUCUCAUUCUGAUAAUACCAAACUUCUUUUCUGUAGUGGGAUCUAUUUUCAUUGGUAAAAAUAGAAAACACUAAAGAUUAUUUUAUUAAUUCAUCUUUGAUCUGAUGUACCACUUAAAGUGGUAUGUAUGUGAUAUAUGCUUAUUUCCUAUUUCUGUUCUUCAAAGUCACUAUGAAUCAAUAAAGCCAUUUUUUAAAUGAAUCAUGCCAUGAACUUAAUCUCUGGAAAAAGAAUAUAACAACAAUUUAUACAAAUUGAGGUUCAAAUAUAAGAGAUGAAAUUCUUGUACUGCAAAAUGUACUUAAUUUAUGAGCAGUGUUCUUCAGUGGGAAAUCAUGAGUUUUUUUAACAUCACAACUAAAUGUCAUUAAAAUGUAUGCAAACGUUUUGUCUGGUUUUCUGAAAUGCUUCUACUUUCAUGGGCUUUGUACUUUUCUGGGAUUUCUGAGUGUAAUAAAAAGAGCUCCAAAAACUUA